CUAAUUACCCCACAUUGUUUAUCUUGAAUGUUUAGGAUAAUGGUAAGCGUUUGGAAGUAAGAACAACACACGGAUAUAUAUGACAAGCGGACAUUGAGAUGUUGAAAAUACAGUCAAUCGGCAACCAUGGAAAUGGAUUUUAAUUACUGAUGAGUGUGUUUGAAGAUUUUCACUUUCGUACCAAAGAUGUGUGACGAGUCUAUAUUAUGUGUCAAGUAGCCAAAUAAGCGAUAUAAGCAUCGUAUACUUUACCUAUAGUGUUUAUUUAAACAUCAAGAAUGGAUAAUUAGUGUUUAAUAAACAUAUAUUAGGGAAUUAGUUAACGAUGUUAACGGACGACAUAUGACUUAUGACCCAGUGAUCAGGGACAAAAUGUAAAGCGCCUAUGAACGCACAUCUCAAUUAUGAAAAAAGGGCGCUUUAUAAAUGUGGUAUAUAAAAAUAAUAAAUUAGUGCACUUUAUGUUCAGGUGCUACUUUUUGAACAUUUUUUCUAGUUUUUUAAUCAUCAACCGUUUAUCUGUUUUGAAAAAAAGUAAUAAGCUCGAAUAUACUCGCUUAAACGUGUGAACGCGUGGUGUGUGAAGUACAUUUCAAGAAGCAUAAUGAUAUCUGUCUUGACCACUUGAGAAAACAAUUGUUAAUUUAUUGCAUACUCAACGUGAUCUUCUGCUGUAAAUGCCUCAAGAAGAAUAUAGGCAUUAACGUUUUCUCUGGAGAAAAUGUACAUGCAAAAGUGUUUUUCCGACUGUCACAAAUUGGAGCUACCGUUUAUUUGCAUGACUAAACAUUGUCCUCAGUAUUUUGCAUCUUCAGAAAAAAACAGCUUUUAUUAAAGUGAUUGUGAACUUUUGCCUAACGUCAUGCGAACAGAAAUCCCGCUCAGUAUUUUGCGCAUGCGCAUGCUGUCCAUGCUAUUUUGCGCAAUGCCUCUGACUGUAGCCCAGGGAAGUCGAAGCGCCAAAAUCGACGGCACUUUUCUUAUUGGUGCCAUGUUUCCAAUCCACAAUCUACACGAGGGUGGCACGUGUGGUGACGUCAUACAGGAUCAGGCAGGCAUUCAGAACCUGGAGGCGCUGUUGUAUGCCAUUGACAAAGUGAAUAAUGAAAUUCUUAAAGGCUUGGACUUCAAACUCGGUACGCUCGCAUACGACACCUGCUACAGCGACACGGAGGCCCUUAAAAGGGCACAGCAGUACGUGACAUACCGGAUCUACACUCUGGAGCUGGACUCUAUGUUCAAGUGUGCUGACAGCAGUAGGCCCUCACUAAAUAACAACGGGACUCUUAUCGGAGUGGUCGGGGCCGCCACUUCAGUGGUCUCCAUUCAGCUGGCCAGCUUCUUCCGGCUCUUCAAAAUACCCCAGAUUAGUUACGGUGCAACGAGUACGGAGCUGAGCGACACCUCGCGGUACGAUUUCUUCAUGCGCACCGUGGCCUCCGACACACAUCAGGCGAGGGCUAUUGUCGAAAUACUCAAGCGUUUCCAGUGGACGUACGUGACCUGUGUGCACGACGACACCAGUUAUGGCGAGAGGGGCUACCAGGAAAUAUUCAAGCUAGCCCAAGAGGAAAAGAUCUGUAUCGCAGAAGCAAUUAAAGUCAAACGAUAUGUUUCUUCUGAAGACCGACAGUUGGAAGACGCCGUUAAAUCGCUGAGAAUCCAUAACAAUACGGAAGGAAAGACGGUUGUUAUCCUGUUUGCAUCGGAUGACAUCUCAAAAAAGAUCUUCCGAAUUGUCGCCAAGAUGGGAAUCCAGCAUCAUUUUCAAUGGGUGGGAUGUGACGCUUGGAUCGGAAGAAGUGUCCCAACGGAGGUUCAAGACGUUGUAGAAAGUACCAUUGGGGUCCAGCCGAAAAUUUUGACCAUCCCUGAUUUUGACAAAUAUUUUCUCAGACUGCGUCCCGACACAAAUACACGGAACCCAUGGUUCAAGAAGUACUGGGAACAACUCUUCAACUGUUCCGUCGUCAGUGACGCCAUUGGUAACGCCGUCGGUCGUGAUGCUUCCGAUAAGAAGAAUUUACUUACCUCGUGUGAAAAUGAUGUCGCUUUGUCAUCAGAAGGAAAUCCUACCAGAUUUGGUAAAUACCAACGCAACCAGAACACCUACUCAACAAUGGACGCUGUAUAUGCGUUCGCAUACGCCUUGAAGGAAUGGCACAGACGGUUAUGUGGCCAGAUGAAAGGUGUUUGUCCCGCUAUGAAAGAGGCAAAGCCCGAAGACCUCAUGCUGCAAGGAUAUCUCAAGAAUGUAACUUUUAAAGAUCCAGUAGGUUUCGAAUUCCAGUUCAACAACACUGAUGGUCCAGCCCGCUACAGCGUCAUGCAGUACUUCCGAAACGAGUGGAGGGAGGUGGGAGACAUUGCCGAUAAUCGUCGGCUGUUUCCGGGCAACUCUAUACGCUGGUUUGAAAAUAACGAAUCUCUCGGUUACCAAGCGUCCAUGUGUUCGGCAGAGUGUCGGCCCGGGGAGGCUAAGCAGCCGAUUACCGGAAGAAGCUGCUGCUGGUCGUGCCGCGCAUGCGCACAGUUUGAGUAUCUUCACGAAGAAACCCAGGCUUGCAUCGCGUGCCAAGCCGGGACAAUAACCAACCAAUCAAAAAACGGCUGCGCGGACAUACCGGAAAAAAGCAUGAACAUGCGCAAUAAGUACGUAAUCAUUUUCAUGGCGUUCGUCUGCCUUGGUAUUGUGGUCACGUGUCUUAUAGCAGUGUUGUUCUUCUGGCAUCGGGACACGCCUCUCAUCAUGGCUUCGGGGAAGGAACUGAGCUUCGUACUUCUAUUCGGGGUGGUGCUUUCAUACGCAUCAACCUUCGCGUUCGUCGCUUACCCAACGUCGACUUCUUGCACCUUCACCAGGGUGCUUCUCGGAUUAAGCUACACUAUUUGCUACGCCGCUAUACUCGUAAAAACCAACCGGAUUUACCGAGUGUUUAACAUACACACGAGUAAGCCCAAGAAAGUUACGUUCAUAAGUGCUAAAUCACAGUUGCUAAUCACCAGCGCGAUAGUGUUCGUGGAGAUCCUAGUACUCGUUUUCUGGUUGAUAUUCGCACCGGCUGACGUAGUGUAUGAACACCCGACCCCCGCUGACAAUGUGCGCGCGUGCGGCGACGCGCGCGGCCACUCUUACAUCAUCUCGCUCAUCUACCCGCUGUUACUGAUGAUCGCGUGCGUCUACUACGCGGUGCGCACGCGUAAAACGCCCGACGGCUUCAACGAGACGCGCUACAUCGAGUUCGGCUCCUACUCGUUCAGUAUUCUCUGGAUCGCCUUCAUCGCCAUGUACGUGUCCGUCUCGAACAUUUUCCUGCGGGUUGGGGCAUUAUGCUUCUUUUCCGUCGUGAACGCCACCAUCACGCUGAUCACGCUGUUCGUCACCAAGGCGUAUAUUGUGCUGCUGAAGCCGCAGAAGAACACGCGCGAGAACGUCAUGUCCCGUCGGCGCACGCGCAACAGUUACGAAAAUGUGGACAUUCGCAACCUCAGCCGCAUGACAAGCGCGGUUUCAAACUUGCACUCCACACACCCUAUGGUUGGUUCCAAGACGUCGUCGAUGAUAAAUGGUCAAGUGCCGCAGACAAACGGACCCAACCUCCCAGUUUCUAUUUCCGCCGUUAAUCUUUACAACAGUAGCAAAUCAGUCGAGAGCCUUUACUCUGUAAAGUCCGUGGUUUCCGAUCCGCCGGACCAUCGACAAUUCGAGAAUGAAGAGAUUCAUCAAUAUCCCGACCCUGUUCGGAAAUCUACGGAUAUUGUCGAUUUGAGACUGAAUGACUUUCUCGAGAAAGGUCGCACAAGUCAUGAAAACGAGGCCGUUGAGGACGCUAGUCCUGGAAUCAUUUCCGGUGGCAUCCCAAGGCGUUCACUCCGCUCAUUUCGGUCCCGGAAGCAGCGGUGCCGCACGAUGAAGCGGACAAAAAGCCUGAACGCUGCGCACCAUCCUACCAUAGUGGUCACCUCGGCGUCGAACGAGGACAUCUCUACACGGUUCAAGGUCAUUCAUCUCUGACGAACAUUUAUUCGUUUUGAUACACAUAUAUCAUCAUUUAUACGAGGUUGGCGAUGUUAUGCGUUGACGUUUUGAAUAACAAUUCAAUGUAAUAUGCUAUUUUAUUUAAAUGCUAAGUGGUGAAAUGUUGAAAUUAUCGGAUAAGUCAUUCCCUAGAGUAGCUUGCUAUAACAAGGAAGGACUCCCUUUUUAAAUGUAAAAUUCUUUUGAAAUAUAGUUCUGAUGCAUGUCUUGUCACUGUUUUUUAUAGUAAAUUAUCAAAAGGAAGUAAAGAUCAAUAGUAUUUAAUGUUAUCAAUGAAGUUACAAACACAAAUAAUCAACAAUCAAUAUAUAUUAAUAUUCAAAUCACAACAUGCCCGGUCUGCGUAAUUAUUUUAUUUUAUAAAUUUCCUCGCUUUGCUGAAAAAAAAUCAUGUUAUUACUCCGAAAGCAAACAAAUCUCCGUUCUUUUAAUACGGAGUAAGUUCACUAAGUCUCUUUGUUUUACACACAUAUAGUGUCGCCUCAAACACUCGGGAUUCCAUCUUAAUAGAAGUUGUCUUUGUUAUGUGCUUUUCCUAAUCCAUCUACAUGUAUUUGUUGUUGAUAUGUUUGGAGAAUAUGACAAACACAUUUAAUUUGUGACGCACAUUUCUUUGUUUGUUGUCUGAUAAUUAUAAUGCUAUGAAUUAUGUUUGUUGUAAUAAUGCCAUAUGACAUGCUUAUGUUAAUGAAUGUUAUAUUUU